UGAUUAGGGUUCUAUAACCUAUAGGUGUUUAUAGGUUAUUUCUGGUUUUAUAGCUUCUCCAUUAAAUUAACAUAGCCUAUAAAUGGGAAUACAUGUAUCAGUUUUGACCAUAGGUGUCUAGAGAUAAUCUAUUCUUUUGUACAACAAACUUGCACAUGGUUUGAUUCUGUUAUGGGUAUUUGGUUUGAUUCUAUUAAAGGCUGGGUCUUUUGGAUUCAUUCUGUUAUAGGUAUUUAAAUAUUUGUGGCAAUGACAUUAUACUUUUGUCCACCACAUUCGUAGAAUGUGGCGUAUUUAAAUUGUGGUUUGUGCAGUUGAUUUUGUGGCCUUAAUUCUGUAAUAAUAGCCAUUGUCUUCACUAAAUUUUCCCAUUUGUUUGCACUAACACCUACCAGUUUCCAAAUUUGUAGCAAUAGAAUAAACACCCAUUGAUUUGAGGCUAUUAAAGGUUGAGUGUUUUGGCUUAAUUCUCUCAUACCUAUUUAAUUAUAAAUUAUCACAAUUGUUCUAAGUUUGUUAUCAAUUGUUAUCUGGAGGCUUUGACUUUAUAGGAGUGGCGAGCGUUGGUCUUCUUCUUAAGAUUGAACUCCAGCUUUUUCUAUGUUUCGGUCUCUCUCUCUCACUGAUCUCUGCUAGGGACUGGAAUGGAUACGCAAGAUACAUCUCCUUCAGUGUUGCUAUUCUUUGACAAGCAAAGAUUUAUAUUUAAUGUUGGAGAGGUGGUCUUUCUUUGCUUUGGAUAGAGCAGUUUGGUUGGUGUUUUCAGUUCUGUUAAGCAAGGGUGACACUCAAGAAACUUGCUGGAUCAGAAGGGAAGGGGACGUGGUUGAUGUGCAAGAGCUAUUUGGAUACAUUGGCCUCAUCAAUCUUUAUGAUUUUCAAAUGGAGAGGACUCAUAAUAGCACAUGCUUUUGGGUAUUAUCUUACUUUCCUGGAGUUUCAUCUCUCACAGCAAUGCUUUCCGAUGCAGGGUGGCCGCAGAAUGCCAUGGGACUGAAUCUUCUGUUGAGUUUUCAGACCCGCAAUCCAUUGGGGAAGUUGUGCUGCUAAAUGGCUUUGUGAGGGAGGAGUGUUCUUUCAGAUUAUUUUUGGCAUGUAAUAUAUCUACACAAUAUUUUUGUGGAAAAUUUUAUGUAAAAUUACCAAGUAGGGACCAUUUGAUGUUCCUUUUCGAACGGAUGGAGAUUCCCAAAACUAUGUUGUGUUUUGGGGAAAAUCUUCGCAGAGGUGUAUAGACGAAUGCAGAAUUAUGUGGUAGCAGCGGCUUUUAUUGUUGUAGCACAAAGGACUUUUUCGACUCUUAGCGGCCGAAAAAAGCUCACUAAUACCACUUACAUGAUCGGGGACCCAGAUUUCGACA